AUGUUCAUGUUCAGGGCGCGGCGACGAUCGUUCAUUUUGGCGUACUCCGCACGAGCAGCCUUCGAAAGAGAGGUUAGUGUUACCUGGGGAAAACUGGAAGGCAUGCUCCGCGGCCUUGGUGGGACUGCCGGGAAGCUUGAACUCCUGGCGAUGUUGCGUCAUAAUCGUCUGGAAGCAGGAAACCAAACGACAGACAGCCGCGGCGGCUUCCCUGUGACCUUCCAAGGGUUGGCGGAAGAGUCGGACGCCAUUCGCCUCGGGGCCGGUGUCUAUGUAACGAUCGAACAGGUCCUCAUUCACCCACGCAACAAGACGGACCAAGAUCUUACUGUUGGCCUCAAGACGAGCAGGGAAUUCGAUCUGAAAAAUUAG